CAGACCAGGCGCCAAGUGUGGCAGUCCCGUCCGCAGUCUGCCUCAGCACCUCAUACGGCCGCAAUGCCCUUGGAUACUGCCGACCCGCUCAUUUCCACAUCGCUCUGACUAACCGUACCCCUCAACGACAUACCCUGGAUUUUUACUUCUGGACUGUUGUGUACGCUGCCCUGAGUCCUCUGCGCUGCGUGAUGCGAAUGGAGAGGGUCCAAGGAUAACAGAGGGUGCAGGAUUUUGCUACUGCAGAAGACCUGCCGGUAGUUGGCUGCUGUCAGAGGCUGUGCUGUCGCAUCCACUAUUUUCAUGAUCUAAAAUCGCUUUGCAUGGAUACAUCAUGGCUACGUUUAUAUGCAGGGUGCAGUUCCUAGAUGAUACUGAUCCAUUUAACAGCACCAAUUUCCCCGAGCCCACCAGACCACCUCUGUACACUUUCAGGGAAGAUAUUCCACUGAUAAAUCAGAUUGCUGGAGUCCACAGGCUGCUUAAAGCCCCACAGAAGCCUGAUGACUGUUCCCUUCAGCUGUCCCAUAAUGGAAGCUACCUGGACUUGGAGUCUACCCUGGCAGAGCAGAAAGAUGAACUGGAGGGAUUUCAGGAGGAAGGAGGGAGGGGCAAGAAACACAGCAUUAUUCUUCGAACACAGCUAUCCGUCAGAGUUCAUGCCUGCAUUGAAAAACUCUACAACUCAACUGGCCGGGAGCUCCGGAGAGCCCUCUUUUCCCUCAAGCAGAUUUUUCAGGAUGACAAGGACCUAGUGCACGAGUUUGUGGUGGCAGAAGGACUCACGUGUUUGAUUAAAGUGGGAGCUGAAGCUGACCAGAACUACCAGAAUUACAUCCUCAGGGCUCUCGGUCAAAUAAUGCUGUAUGUGGAUGGGAUGAAUGGCCUCAUAUCUCACAAUGAAACGGUCCAGUGGCUUUACACCCUGGUCGGAUCCAAGUUCCGUCUGGUGGUGAAGACGGCCCUAAAGCUGCUGCUGGUGUUUGUGGAGUACACCGAGUCUAACGCCGCCCUUCUCAUAAAGGCUGUGAAUGUUGUGGAUUCCAAAAGAGGCAUAAAACUGUGGUCAAACGUCAUGGAGAUCCUGGAUGAGAAGGAUGGAGUGGAUACAGAGCUGCUGGUGUAUGCAAUGACACUCAUAAAUAAGACUCUGGCAGGCCUCCCGGACCAGGACUCGUACUACGACAUGGUGGACUGUCUGGAGGAGAAGGGCAUCGAAGCCAUGGCCCAGAGACACCUGAGCAGGAAAGGCACUGACCUUGACCUCGUUGAACAGUUCAACAUUUACGAGAUGACUCUCCGCCAUGAGGAUGGAGACGAUGAAUCCCAGUUGCCUCCCAGCGGCCGCAAGGACCGUCGACGGGCCAGUGUUGGUGGUACCAACGAGAGGCGUGGCCUGGAGAGAAGACGCAGCCGGAGACACUCCCUCCAGAAUAGCAGAGGCCACGCUUCUGCCCCAGCAUCACCCUGCAGCCCUCAUGCAAGCAGCCUCCUGCCCUUCGGUGGCCAACGCGUUGAAGACAUCAGUGAAAGAGAAGAGGAAGAAGAGGAGGAAGAGGAGGGGGAAGGAGAGGAGGAGGAGGCAGAGGAGGAGGAGGAUGAGGAGGACGAGGAAGAGGCAGAUGAUGAAAGUCAUCCAGUCACUGAGUCCUCUAGACAGGGUGCUCACAGUGUGGCUCCAGCUGUAGCAGACACUCCUAACAUGUGUUUGAACUUAAAGUGUAUGGCCAACAUCCUCCCUAAAGCCAGUGACCCUGAAGGGCAGAGAAAAAAUCUCAGCGUCAUGACCAGAGCGUCUUCUCCUGUGUCCGUCGCACCUAAAAAGAGGACCUUUAGUCCUUGUUGUGUUCCUCCCAAGCCACCUGACUGUGCCUACUCCAUUGCUCUGAGUAGAGUGCCAGGCUCUGCACACCCUCAGUGUCGGUUUAUCCCAACUUCACCCAUAUUCCCUCCCCCUCCGUCCCCUGAAUUGAACCAGAGCCAGGUGUCUGGGGCCGAGGAGAGGGAGAAGGGCCAGGACAGAGAAAGGCACUACAGUCUGACAGACAUAAACAACUCUCCUACAUCUUACUCAGCUAGAAAGCCCUGCUGGGCUGAAAGAAUCAGUGCCAAUGGCACUCCGUACCCUGGCAGGCACCAGGUUCACACAUCACCCAUCCAUCGCUUCACUAGUUCAGCAACCUGCACACCAGAAUCCAAACCGGUUGACAGACCUGGUUUAGGGGGCUUGCUGACUUCAUCAUACAGACAGCAUCAGGAAUCUCUGGCUGCAGAGAGAGAGAGGAGACGUGUGGAAAGAGAGGAGCGUCUGCAGAGAAUCGAAAGAGAAGAGAGGAACCGCUUCAAUCGAGAUUAUGUAGACAAGAGGGAAGAAGCAAAACACGCCAGAGACGAAAGAUACAAGGCUGUGGAGAGGCUAGCUACAGAGGAGUUUGAGCGGGAGCGCCCCAGAGUGCCAACAAGAGGACGGACAGAGAUCACUUUGUGUUUGAGUUCCAACCCUGCCAGCCGCUCAGUGUCCCGCUGUCCCACACCUUCGCCUAUUAUCUCACAGGAAGAGACCGUCGCCGCUGCACACCAGACGUCAGGAACAGAACAUAUCUCAGAGCCAAACCUUGACCCACAGACCAGGACCAGAAGUCCAGCGCCAGAGUUAACGGUAUCAGAACCUUCCCCCACACCUCCCCCGGAACCAGACAAGCAGCGGACUGAGACAGAGUCGCCGGCAAAGACAGAGGAUGUUGCUGAGACUCAGUCUGGCCAGAAUGUAGUGGCAGAGCCGGCAUCAGAUGAACAGUCAGGCAUGGAGAAAGAAGAGAGGCAAGAGCAGGAGAAGUUUGAGGAACAGAAACAGUGCACGGAUGAGGUAGCGGUGGAAGAGCAGGUAGAAGAAACGGAGGUAGCGGAGGUAGCAGACGUAGCAGACGUGGACGAGCCAGAGGUGGAGGCGGAUGUUGAGUUAGAGGAGGAGUUUGAGAAGGAGCAGCCGACGGAAAGGGAUAUAGAAGACAGUGUACUGCUGAGUGAGAAGGAGAGACAGAACGAGGAAGUGAAUGAGAAGGACAACUGCUCCGCGUCCAGUAUCUCCUCUACAAGUAGCACUCUGGAGAGGGAGGAGCGGGAGGAGAAACUCACCAAUGACAUUGAAGCAGGCCAAUGGACCCAGUGCAUUAAAGACGCGGACGUGAACGACCAGUGCAACAAAAUACUCAACAGCAAGCGCUUCAUGCUGGACAUGCUCUACGCUCAGAAGACAGGCAGCAAGGAUGAAGGGAAUGUAGCGGAAACGGAAAAAGAAAACUGUAAAUGUGAGAAAGAGGCAGAGGUCAGUGACUCCUCUGUGGCCAGCUUGGCCAGCAGGAUCUCCACACUGGAGGCUCACAGACAGGCCAGAGAAGAAAAUGUGAAAAAAAUGGAGGUGGGACAUCUGGACAACCAGGGCAGUGUCCGAGCAGUGGCGGAGAAGUUUGGAGAUUUGGUCAAAGGCCUGACGUCCCCUCCUGAGGUUGAGGCCUCAAAAGAGCAGCAGCAGACGGACAAAUCAUCAACUGCUGCCUCAUCAACCUUACCCCCUAAGAAAGAGUCAGAUUAUAUCUGGGAUCAGCUGAUGGCCACACCCAGGGAACUGCGAAUCAAAGAAAUGGACUUCACAGACCUGAAGGAUGAGGAUGACGUAGGCAUUGUAGAUAUGGACACUGUGAUUGGGUCAGGUGACCUGACACCACCGCCUCCCCCACCACUAUGCAAUGCUGCCCUGCCACCACCCCCGCCCCUGUUUGGGUGCCCCCCUCCUCCUCCCAUCCUUGGCAAAAUGAUGCCUCCACCCCCGCCAUUCAUGGCCCCUAUCCCUCCGCCCUCCCCUCAGCUAAGUCGAGGGGAGAUGCCUCUCUUCCAAAAGAAGAAGAAGACCAUCCGUCUCUUCUGGAACGAGGUGCGUCCCAUGGACUGGCAGUGCAAGAGUCAUAAAUUAUGUAAGGAGUCCCUCUGGUCCAAACUGGAGCCAAUUCAACUGGACACGUCCAAGCUGGAACAGCUGUUUGAGUCCAAGUCCAAGGAGCUGCCUGUCACAAAGAAAGCAGCUGUUGAUGGCAAACGACAAGAAAUCAUAGUCCUGGAUUCAAAGCGCAGCAAUGCUAUAAACAUCGGCUUGACUGUCUUACCUCCUCCCCGCACCAUCAAGACCGCUAUCCUCAACUUUGAUGAGUACGCACUGAACAAGGAAGGGAUUGAGAAAAUCCUGACAAUGAUCCCGACAGAGGAGGAGAAGCAGAGGAUCCAGGAGGCUCAGUUGGUCAACCCUGAUAUUCCCCUAGGCAGCGCUGAACAGUUCCUUCUCACCCUCUCCUCCAUCACGGAGCUGUCUGCUCGCCUACAGCUGUGGGCAUUCAAGAUGGACUAUGAGCUUAUUGAGAAGGAAGUGGCAGAGCCCCUGCAAGACCUGAAGGAAGGGAUGGACCAGUUGGAGAAAAACAAGACACUCCGUUAUAUCUUGACCACGUUGCUAGCCAUAGGGAACUUUCUCAACAGCACUAAUGCUAAAGGCUUUGAGCUGAGUUACUUGGAGAAAGUCCCGGAGGUGAAGGACACGGUUCACAAGCAGUCCCUGCUGCACCACGCCUGCUCCAUCGUGGUCGAGAAGUUUCCAGACAGCACUGACCUGUACUCUGAGAUAGGAGCUAUCACCCGCUUGACCAAGGUGGACUUUGACCAGCUUCAAGACAAUCUGGCCCAGAUGGAGCGAAGGUGCAAAGCAUCAUGGGAUCACCUGAAGGUCAUUGCGAAACAUGAGAUGAAACCGGCAUUGAAACAAAAAAUGUCAGACUUCCUCAAAGACUGUGCAGAGAGAAUCAUUAUUUUGAAGAUUGUACACCGAAGAAUAAUCAACAGGUUUCAUGCCUUUCUGCUGUUCCUGGGCCAUCCGAUAUAUGCAGUACGUGAGGUCAGCAUUCAUCGCUUUAGCAAGAUCCUGAGUGAAUUUGCCCUGGAGUAUCGCACAACAAGAGAGCGCGUGCUACAACAGAAACAGAAGAGGGCCAACCACCGAGAGAGGAACAAGACCAGGGGAAAAAUGAUAACAGAUAGUGGUAAAUUUGGCGGUGCCCCAUCAGACACACAGGAGAGCCAACCUCAGGGUAUCCAGUAUGCUGAAGAUGUAGCUGAACACGAGAACAUGAAGGCCGUACUAAAGAGUAGCCCGAAGGGUGGAGAUAGUGGGACAUCCACGGUGCCCGGCCUCCGUACUCGCACCAGAGCCAGCAGCACCAGAGGGCGUGUUCCCCCAUGGUGCUCUGCCAAUGAUGACCCAGUGAACUGCACAGAUGAUACAGCAGAUGAGAUCAUGGAGAGGAUUGUUAGGUCAGCCACUCAGGGGCCCGGACAGCGGACGCAACCUCGGGAGAGGAGACGAUCCCGAGCCAACCGAAAAUCAUUGAGGAGGACACUGAAGAACGGUUUGACAACAGAGGAGGCAAGCGCUCUUGGCUUGUCCAGCGGUUCAGAGGUGCAGGUGUGAGCUGGACAUAAAGACGUCUGGUCUGGAAGCCCUUUCACUGCCCCUCUGAAGCCUGCACCCAACCCAGCAACCCACUCCACUCUGGCUUGGCACUAA